CAACGGAAUUUUCCGACAAACAGAGAAUGAUGAAGCUGCAAGGGGGACUUCUCCAAUGGAGUCGUAGCAGCUUAAUCCCGUCGAUUUACACACCAAUCAACAAAACUCAAUUCUCUAUCUCCGCCUGUGUCAUCGAGCGGAACCACCAGCUUACGGCGAAGGAGAGACGGCAACUCCGGAACGAGCGGCGGGAGAGCAAAUCAGGGUACAGCUGGCGACAAGAAGUUGAAGAAAAGUUGAUUAAGAAACCAAAGAAACGGUACGCGACGUGGACGGAGGAGCUGAAUUUGGAUACUUUGGCUGAGUCCGGUCCGCAAUGGUGGGUUGUUAGGGUUUCGAGACUUCGUGGUCAUGAGACUGCUCAAAUCUUAGCUCGAGCUCUGGCUCGUCAAUUCCCUGAAAUGGAAUUUACGGUUUAUGCUCCAUCUGUUCAAGUGAAGAGAAAGCUAAAGAACGGUUCUAUAUCUGUUAAACCGAAACCAGUGUUCCCUGGUUGCAUUUUCAUCAGAUGUGUAUUGAACAAGGAGAUACAUGACUCCAUAAAAGAAGUUGAUGGAGUCGGAGGUUUCAUAGGUUCAAAAGUUGGAAAUACCAAGAGACAGAUUAAUAAACCAAGACCUGUAGACGACAGUGACUUGGAAGCUAUUUUCAAACAAGCAAAAGAAGCGCAAGAGAAAGCAGACAGUGAGUUCGAAGAGGCACAAAGAGCUGAAGAAGAAGCGAGUUUACUAGCGUCACAGCAACUUCUCGCAUCAUCUAAUUCAGACGUUAUUGAGACUGUAGCAGAAUCUAAACUGAAACGAGCCCCGAGAAAAGCUACACUUGCUACUGAGACAAAGGAUUCAAAGGUGAAGAAGAAGAAACUCGCAGCGGGAUCUACAGUUCGAGUGUUAUCAGGGACAUUCGCUGAAUUUGUCGGCAACCUAAAGAAACUAAACCGCAAAACUGCUAAGGCAACAGUGGGAUUUACUUUGUUUGGGAAGGAGACACUAGUGGAAAUUGACAUCAAUGAACUUGUUCCUGAAAUUCAAUCUUAAAUAGUUUGUUCACUAAAAAUGUGAAUUUUUGGUUUGAAAUAUAAAUCCAUUAUUACUUCAUAUGUUUUGGUGUAUCUCUGUUCUGUUAAAUUUGCCAUACGAACACAACGACACCAUUCUAUAACUUCCUUUGAAAGAAAAGGCUUCCACCUUU